CUUCAUGCCACUACUAGCCCGGACGGCUGUGCUGCUCGCGCGCCGGUGUAUGAGUGUACAGGAGUGUAUGGGUGUAUAUGAUGAGUGUGUGAGUGUGUGUGAGGGAGUGUGUGAGAAGUGCUAGCGACAUGACCAGAGCCCCACGAGCGAGUUCAGGCAAAUAUGGAGGUGUUUAAAGCGACCAUUUCAGUGCUGUGGAUAUUAAUGCUGAACCGAGUCCGGCAGAGCUGCGCUGAGGAAGUGGUCUUGCUGAAUUCUAAGGAAUCCCAGGCGGAGCUGGGCUGGACCUCAUAUCCCUCAAAUGGAUGGGAGGAGAUUAGUGGCGUGGACGAGAAGUACAAGCCCAUUCGCACCUACCAGGUGUGCAACGUAAUGGAGCCCAGCCAGAACAACUGGCUGCAGACGGGCUGGAUCUGGCGGCAGGGCGGCCAGCGCAUCUUCAUCGAGCUGCAGUUCACGCUGAGAGACUGCAACAGCAUACCCGGAGUCGCCGGCAGCUGCAAGGAGACCUUCAACCUGCUGUACGCCGAGUCGGACUGGGACCUGGGGAGAGUGGCCCGCGAGGACCGCUACAGCAAGAUCGACACCAUCGCCGCUGAUGAGAGCUUCACGCAGGGCGACCUGGGCGAGAGGAAGAUGAAGCUGAACACAGAGGUGCGCGAGAUCGGCCACCUCAACCGUAAGGGCUUCCACUUGGCCUUCCAGGACGUGGGCGCGUGUGUGGCCAUCGUGUCUGUGCGCGUUUACUACAAGCGCUGCCUGUCGACUGUACAGAACCUGGCUGUUUUCCCCGACACGGUGGCGGAGGCGGCCUUCGCCACGCUGGUGGAGGUCAGGGGGACGUGUGUGAAUAACUCUGAGGUGGACACGGACUCGCCUCCCAGGAUGCACUGCAGCGCUGAGGGGGAGUGGCUUGUGCCCAUAGGGAAGUGCAGCUGCAGCGCUGGAUAUGAGGAGGGCCACAGUAGCUGUGAAGCCUGUCCGAAGGGCACCUAUAAGAUGUCAUCGAGGCAGCAGGAGUGUUUCCCGUGUCCGGGGCACAGCGUGGCCGAGGAGGAGGGCUCGGUGCUGUGUGUGUGCGAGGAGGACCACUUCAGGACCCCGCUGGACCCCCCCUCUGCUCCGUGCACACGACCCCCGUCUCCUCCCCGAGAGCUGGUCUACAGCCUCAAACAGUCCACCCUUAUCCUAGAAUGGGCGGCACCCAACGACUCAGGUGGACGAGGGGACCUGAGCUAUACCGUGGGCUGUCGGCGCUGUGUGGGGCCACCACGGGCUCCUCAGACCCAGUGCGAGCCGUGCGGGGCCAGCGUGGGCUUCGUGCCCCAGCAGAGCGGCCUGACCGAGCGCACGGUCAACGUGGUCAACCUGCUGCCCAACUCCAACUACUCCUUCAGCGUGGAGGCUCGCAACGGCGUCUCAGAGCUGCUGCCCAACAAACGCUUCUACACCCAGGUCAACGUCUCCACCAGCCUACCAGCGCCCUCUCAGGUGAGCGAGUUGCGUGCGGAGAAGGUUGAGCAGCGCAGUGUGACUCUGGCCUGGAGGGAGUCUGGAAACCCCAACAGCAGCCGGACAGAGUACGAGAUCAAAUACUAUGAGAAGGAUCAGAAAGACCAGAGCUAUUCCACAGUGAAGACCGCAGCCACCAAAAUCAGCGUGAACAACCUGAAACCAGGCACCACCUACGUCUUCCUGAUCCGGACAUGUUCAAGCCCCGCCCCUUCCUCCCUCUCAUCUUCACUGCUCUCCUCUGCCUCUUCCUCAACAUCGGCCGCAGGCUCCACCUCUUCAUCAGCAGCAGUAGCAGCAGCUGUGGCACCCUCGCCCUCUCCACUGGACUACGGUGCUUAUAGUACUCCACUGGAGCUGCAGACCCUCGGGGAACUGGCCCUGGCGUCCAGUGAGCAGAGUCCGGUGGUGAUCAUCGUGGUGGUGUCUGUAGCGGCUCUGAUCAUGCUGCUAUCUCUGGGAGUCGGGCUGCUGAUCUGGAGAAGGCAGUGUGGCUACAGCAAGGCCAACCAGGAGGGGGAUGAGGAACUCUACUUCCAGUUUAAGAUUCCUACCAGAAGGACGUACAUUGACCCGGAGACGUGUGAGGAUCUGCUGCAGGCUGUUCAUGCCUUCGCUAAGGAGCUCGACAACUCCAGCGUCAAGAUCGAGAGGAUCGUUCACACCGGAGACUUCGGGGAGGUGUGUCGUGGCUGUCUGAAGCUGCCCAGUAAGCGAGAGCUGCCGGUGGCCAUCAAGACUCUGCGGGCCGGCUGCUCCGAAAAACAGAGGCGCUCCUUCCUGUCUGAGGCUGGAAUCCUGGGGCAGUUCGAUCACGCCAACAUCGUCCGGCUGGAGGGAGUCAUCACCAGAGGUAGCACUAUGAUGAUCGUGGUGGAGUCUAUGACCAAUGGUUCACUGGAUUCCUUCCUGCGGAAACAUGAAGGUCAGCUGAGUGUGCUGCAGCUGGUGGACCUGCUGAGCGGAGUGGCCUCUGGGAUGAAGUACCUGACGGAGAUGGGUUUUGUCCACCGGCGUCUCGCUGCGCACAAAGUGCUGGUGAACAGCAGCCUGGUCUGCAAAGUGUCCGGCUUCCGGCCGCUGCAGGACGACAAGAUCGAGGCCGUCUACACCACACUGCACGGUGGUAAGAGUGUGGUGUUAUGGACGGCUCCGGAGGCGAUUCAGUACCACCGCUACAGUUCAGCCUCAGAUGUCUGGAGCUUUGGCAUCGUCAUGUGGGAGGUGAUGUCAUUUGGAGAGCGGCCGUACUGGGAUAUGGGCAACCAAGACGUAAUCAAAGCUAUAGAAGAUGGUUUCCGGUUGCCGGCCCCCCUCAACUGCCCUCCAUCCCUUCACCAGCUGAUGCUGGACUGCUGGCAGAAGGAGAGGACGGAGAGACCCAGCUUCACCCAGAUCCACAGCGCCCUCAGCAAAACCAUCCGCAGCCCAGAUAACAUCGGCUCCUCCACACUCGCACGCAGGACGCUGGCCUCCUCGUCUAUCUCUCUGGCUGAGAGGACUCUCCCCUCUUUCCCCUCGUUCAGCUCGGUGGGUGAGUGGCUGGAGGCGGUGGAUAUGGGUCGCUAUAAAGACAACUUCACAGCAGCCGGCUACUGCUACCUGGAGUCCGUCGCCCGCAUGACUGUACAGGACGUUCUAAGUCUAGGCAUCACUUCUCUGGAGCAUCAGAAGCAGAUGCUGUCAGCCAUUCAGACUCUCAGAGCACAAGUCAUCCAGAUGCACGGCCGUGGAGUGCAGGUCUAACACACACACACACACACACACCAACACAUACCAGCACACACACUCUCCAAACGAACUGGAGUGCUCUCAGCGAGGACGGGGAGAGAGACGAAUGGACCUCUGUUCCCAUAGUGACCCAGUAUAGGAUGCCCACCGGUAGGAAGAUUGAGGGGUGGAGGAUCAUGUGACCAUGAGUACCAACUAAGAGUACCACUGUUCACAUUUUUUCUGUAUUUCGGCUCUUUUUUCCCUCAAACCUGAACGUUUCCCUGAUGUUAAAGGGGCGUUCCAACAGUACCAUCAGUCUGAACCAUGUGGGCUAUUCACUGGAUGUCGUGGACACUCCUGUGGAAGGAAUGAUUUUGGUCCAUUUCUUGGACUCCCAUUCUUGGAAAUACUGGUUCCAUGGUUCAGUUUGUGCUGUUUUGGGCCAUUUUUUACUACUGCACUGUACUGGAUGCCUGAUCGGACCUGGAUACAAGUAUUUUGAAACACUUUAAAGCUGUAAUGGACGCAAAAACAGCAAAAAGACGAUCAAAUGACAACAGCCCAUAACAAAAGCUUGUGAAUUAGCAGCUAGGAACUAGAAGUUUUUCCUAUUUCGGCCCUGUUUUCCCUCAAAACCGGAAAGCUUCCUGAACAUCAAGUGUUCUUCCAACAGAUCCAAUUGUUCCAGCAGUCUGAACAAGGUGAGAUACUCUUGGGACAACAUAGAGACUCCAGUGGAAGGGAUGGAUGGUUUUGGUCCAUUUCUUGGACUAUUUUCUAAAACUUGGGUUUAAACAUUGUCCAUCUACCUUCCCAAUCUUGGAAAUAAUGGUUGAGUCCAUACAGUUUUAGAACAUUUACCCUACAGAACUGUCCUGGAAUCCUCCUUAGACAUGGGCACAGUGGAUUAGUCUUCAGGGCCAAGAACUUUAAAGCUGUAAAGGACUCGAACAAAGCCAGAAGACCCUCCAAUAAUUAGCAGUACUUAUUUUUCCUUUAACCUGAACACUUCCUGGGCGUUAACGGAUGUUCCAACAGUUCCAAUGGUUCCACCAGUCUCAGAAGUCUGAACAUUGUGGGCUAGUCUUGGGAAGGAAUGGAUUUAUUUUGGAAAAAAUGGUUUUGGUCCAUUUCUUGGAAGUGGCUCUUGAAAUAUGAACUAAAUGCUAUCCACUUACCUUCUGAUUCAUGGAAAUUAUGGUCCAGUGGUGUGAUCCAUACCAUUUUGGGCCAUUUACCCUACAGCACUGUCCUGUAUGCCUCCCUAGAUCUGGGAAACUUUUUUUUCAAGAACUUUGAAGCUAUAAUGGACUCGAAUUCAGCCAAAACAGUGUCAAAAAUGUACAAUUUUAUUUUUGGCCCUGUUUUCUUUAAACCUGUACACUUCCUGAACUUCAAUGGCCGUGUCAACAACAUGGGCUUAACCACUCCUGGAAAUAAUGGUUCACUGGUUCCAUUCAUGCCUCCACAGACCUGGGCACAGUGGAUUAGUGGAUUAGAACACAGCCAAAAGACAGACGCUCCAAAUGCCAACAGUCCUAUAACAAAGGCUUGUGAAUUAGCAGUUAGCAAUUCAGCAAUUAGCAGUACGAGCUACUGCCCACAACACUUCCUUUAUAGUGGACUGAGGAGGAGCAUGUUGCCAAGUUGAAGAUAAAUAAAUAAAUCUGCUCUUACAAGCAGGAGAGAACAUCAAAACCUUCAGGAAUAACAAAAAGAACUUCUACUGAUCUGAGAGAUCAAAGGAAAUAAGACACUGUAAAUCCAGACUUUUUAUUUAUUACCUGUACGACCCCCAAACCCGCGUCCCUGUGUACUUCAGUUGUGUCUUAUUAUCAUUGUCACUUUCACUCACUUUUCAGAAAACUAUUCUCUUUCUAUUUCUUUCUUUUUUUCUUCUUCUUCUUCACUUUUCACUGCUUUGAAAGACGAACCCUAAAUAUGUUCACUUCAGACAGAAAUGAAGGUUUCAUUUAUAUUAUUAGUAUUAUAUUUAUUAUUACUAUUACUACUGCUGCGUCUUCACUGCAGAAGAUGCUUGUUGCACUGUAAAGUUUGAGGCUCUCUCAAUAGCGUGUAUCAUAUUUAUCAGCCUAUUUACUUCCGUUUUCCGGACGCUUGCCGACCCUCUUUUUGAACGGACCUGGCUGUGAGCAGUUCUAUGGAUGCAGUGUGAGGAAAAAGACGAUAGAGCAGUAUUAAAAAAAAAAAUUGAUCCUGAUACGUUGCCGUUCCAUUGGAUCGUAACUUUUGAUCAUGGCUGUGGAGUAUAUAUUUUUUUACAGCGCUUUCAGCAGGUGUGUAUGGGUGGUCUGUGAGUGGUCAGUCGCUUGCCUACAGACGGAAUUAUGUACUGUAGCGUAUGGAAUAUGAAAGUAUUGCCCGGAAGAUUCGGACAAAAGCGUGGCUUGAUGUUGGUAUUUUGCACCACAGUUGUUCUUCAGGAAGAGGUGUGCUGAAUGUUCUAGUAUUAUUGAAUUUUUGAAGUGUUACUUUUCGCCGUGUACAGUAGGGUGGCUGAGGAGGAGGAGUUUAAGUGUUCUGAGAUUCAGAUUACGCAUAAUUUAAUGAGUAUUUAAGAGAAAUUGAAAAAAAUAAGAAAAAAAAAACAGUUUUGCAUCAGCUGAUUCUUUCCUGACAGUGUGAACAGUCAAUUCACAACAUCUUAAUUCACUGUCUAGGUAAAUAAGUUAAUUGUGUUUGAGAAUAGUUUGGAUUGAAUUAAAGAAUCAAAAAUACUUACAAAAAUAUGCAUCACUGCAAAUGUGUAUCAUUGGUUUAUUUGAAUUCAGAUUCAAAUGUAGUUUAAAAAGAAAACAGCAUGUGAUCAAGUGUGCACAGUCAAAUAGAAGAAGAAUAGAAGAUUCAGAUCAGAUUCAUAUAUGUGUUAAUAAAUGGUUUAUUUGAAUUUGCUUUCAGAUCAGAAUUAACUUUAAAAAUGGCAACAUAUGGAAUAUGUAUAAACAGCUGAUCUGAAUUCAGAUCCAGUUUGAAAUCCAGUUUGAAAUGUGAACGUCUCAAAAAUCCCAGACCUAAAAUGUGUCUUUGUAGGACGUAAUUGUGUGAGUUUAUUAGUUUAUUUGAAUUCAGGUAGUUCAAAACCACCGCGUGUGAUCAAGUGUGCACAGUCAAAUAGAAUUAAGAUUCAGAUGUUUUUGGAUCAAAAUUUAAUUUGAAAUGACAACAUGUAUCAAUAUAUAAGCAUCUGAUCUGAAUUUAGAUCCAGUUUGGAAUGUGAACUCCUCAAAAAUCUCAAAACUAAAAUGUGUAUGCAGUUGAUUCGCUUUAGGAGACUACUACAAAUGCGCAACAGCAAAUAUGUGUAUGAAUGGAUUAUUUGAAUUGAAAUUCAAAUAAAUAGAAAUGUACUUGAAAUGGCAACGUGUAAACAGUUGUAACAGCUGAAUUCAGAACCAGAUUAAAAGGUCAUUUAAAGUCGCAGCACAUAAAGGUAGAUGAAAUGUUGAUUUUUUUUUUUCAUUUUUUUAAUAAGAUUCAAAUAAAAAAUACUACAAUUAAUUUGCUUUGAAAGUGCAACUUGUGUGAACAGUUGAGUUCAAAUCAGAUUCGCAUCAGGAUUAUGUUACUUAUGAUGAACUAUGGGAAGAAGUGUUAUUUAUUUAUUAAUUAAUUUAUUUAUUUUGCGACGGUUUCUGCAUAUCGAUGUCUUUGUUAGUUUUACUGCAGUAAAAGAUGGAAUGUGGUAAAUGGUGAGUACAGUACGAACAUUUCCCUCUUGCUUUUCAAACAUUUACAUUUACACCCUGUAGACUCUCUCUCUCUCUCACACACACACACACACACACACACACACACACACUCUCUCUUAUACAUACAGGAACAGUAUUGCACUGUCUGACGGCCGUUUACUCUUCCCCCUAGUGAAUGAUACUGUAUCCUCUCUGUGCAUUUAUUAUAUCAUCAGAUCUCUGUUUGAUACUGUAAAUAUGUACUUGAAAAUGCAAUCUAUUUUUAUAAUUUGUUUGAGAAACAAUGCGUUGAAUAUAUCUUCUCACUGUGUUCAGAAGUUUCAUCGUUUGAAUUAGGAGAGUAGCGAAGAGCCUUGGUUAUUUGGAAUAAACUGAAGUUAAAAAAAAAACUUUUCUUUUUUUCUUGGUUAGAUUUUUUGAUGAUUUUUACUUGUUAGAAAAAAAAAAGAUGGCUGUUAAAAUAUUGAAAUGUGUUAUUAAAAAAGACAAGACAAGCA